UGGAAGUACCAACCAUAACGCUCUCAGUAUUAUGUGACGUCUCGCGAGAUUACAGUUGUGUCAACGUCGUACGUGGCUGGCUACAGACCCAAACAGUCUAGGAAGACUCCGCCAGGAAUGCAUCAGCAAAAUGCGGAGACUACCGGUCAACACGUCAAAUACAGUCCCCGACGCUUGAAUCUCUGAAUUUUGCACAUGAAGCUUGAGGUGAAGGGCUGAAUGUUAAAUUUAGCCUGCGUUCGAGUCAUUUGUUUGACCCGCUAGCAUCACAACAUUUGCACUGUGCCAUUCUGUGAGGCACUUGUUUGUCUUUAGGAAGACAGCAUGGCAGAUAUCGAGUCCUCCUUUGACUUUAGCUCAUCUUUGACCAGCUCUUCGCUGCCUCCCCCGCGGACUCGAAUCUUUAAGAUCAUCGUGAUAGGAGACUCUGGAGUUGGCAAGACGUGCCUCACCUAUAGAUUCUGUGCGGGCAAGUUUCCUGACAAGACCGAGGCCACUAUCGGGGUGGACUUUCGGGAAAAGGUUAUUGAAAUAGACGGAGAGAAACUCAAGGUCCAGUUGUGGGACACCGCAGGUCAGGAGCGCUUCCGAAAGAGUAUGGUGCAGCACUACUACCGCAACGUCCACGCUGUGGUGUUUGUCUAUGACGUCACCAAUGCCGCUAGUUUCCGAAGCCUUCCAGCGUGGAUCGAGGAGUGCUGUCAGCAUGCCCUGGGUCAAGAGGUGCCCAGAAUCUUGGUUGGCAACAAAUGCGACCUGCGCCACGCUGCUCAAGUAAGCACUGACGUAGCGCAGCAGUUCGCCGAUGCACACUCAAUGCCUCUGUUCGAGACCUCUGCCAAGAACCCCUAUGGAAACGAUGAUAGCGGUCGGAAUAAUAGUGACCACGUGGAAGCCAUUUUUAUGACGGUGGCGCAUAAGCUGAAAUCUCAGAAGCCGCUGGUGUUAAGCCAACCACCGUGCAGAUCAGGAGAUACUGUCACUCUCAGGAGGGAGGACGAAGAGGACAGGGGAACUUGGGGCUGUGGAUGUUGAGGUAAUGAAGGAGUCACCACUUUACAGGAUGGAGGUGACAAAGGUAAAGCACCUUUUAAAGAAGCAGAUACAGAGGUGCUUUUGUGUUAUCUGUGAAGGUCCAGGGUUGAUGACACAAGAACAUGUAUUCUCUGUAGGUGAAUUUGAAAAUUUUACUUUUUUUUAUGCCACAAUUAGAUAAACUGUUCUGUUAAAUCUCUUCAGCCUCCCAGGUGAAUUUGGUUUAGUCUGUUUGUUUGUUUGUUCUCUCAUUCUUUGCAAGCCACACAUACUAAAUGCAGGUUAUUUAUUAGUGCUGCUAAUAGGUUUUAGACAAAACGAGGGAUGAAUUUAAAAGAAAAAUAAAGCUGAUAUCCUUGCCUUUCUGAAAAAGCCAGUCCUAGUCCACUGCCAUUGUUUUAUUUUUGCCAAUUUAUUUUUUUCCAAGCAGUCAUUCAUCUGAAUAAAAUCUACUGUAAAGACAUCUGGGUUAUGCAUGAUAACCAGUCCUUCCUGUGAAUCAUGUUGAAAUGUAGGUAAGUUAGGUAAAAAGGGACAAGAAUUUGCUGACAAUAUUUACUUCAGUGUCUACACUCAGGUUUUGUAUGUAGUACUGCUUUGUUAGGCAAAAUGAAGAUGAUCUGUAGUGUAUAAUUGCAGAUUAGUAUGAGUAUCUCAUAUUAUUCAUGGCAUUGCUCUGUGCAUGGCAUAAAUCUGAUUAGAAGGUUUGAUAUCAAUUUGUAUUUCAAUGUGUAAUCUGUCAGUACAAAUACACAGAUCUGUUAAUGACUAAAUUGUCUUUUCCUUCGGCUGUCUUCUUUCCAACACUGAUAUGCAGAAAGGAGUUGAAUCCAUUACAGGGAAUAUUCACUCAUGUCAUUAUGUAACCACAGCUGGUCCUGUGGAGUGUGUUGGAAACUCAGAAGCAAAGACCAGGAGACUCUUGGGUAAUCUUCAGCAGGACUCUUUAUUGAGAACGCGCUGCGUGGGGCUGCAGUCAUCAAAAGUCUAACUAAAGCAGUAAUGCUUCAUCAUUUAUAUCCAUUCAAGGGGGAGGGAUGCAUAGAGGUGGCGACAAUCUAAACAAAGCAUCCAAAUGCAGUACAGGAAUCAGCCCAUUACCAGAGUUUCCCCAGCCCUGAUCUCAUCACCAUAACAGUGUCAUUCAAAUGCAUAGGUGCUAAUUCAAUCAGCCUGGCAGUAUCGCCCAUACCUUCAUAUUAUCAUAGAGACAAAGGCACAGCUGUGCCUUGAGCUUAGCAUUCACCUUUAACUUGGGACCCUGCCCAAUAGUCAGGAAGUGCAUGAAGACAAAAGGUAAAUGUCUCAGACACUUGGGCUGCUUGACUUGUUCUUCUUAGAAUGUCAUCAUCUUUACCUCAAAAUGUAAUACACAAUGUACAUAACCUUAGUUUUUCAUGUGAUGCUAUGUCAGAACAUAGGAUCAGCAUAUUUUAAACAGAUUCUUAAAAUUGUAAUCCCACAGGUGCACGAAAGAAGCUCAGGCAUGACAUUAUUUAUUUUAUGGGAAAUUGCCAAAAAGAGGUUUUGCAUACGAUUUCUAGUUAUUUUUUUGAAGUAGGUUGGUAAAGGGCCUGAUUAGCUGAUGCUUUGCAUUGUUUGAUUUGGGUACAAUAAAAGGGGAGCAUGUGAUUAUUUGAGGCACGGUUGGCGAUGGCUUUUAAAUAUUUAAAUGCAACAUAAAUGCAUACUAAGACUUGUCUAUUUGUGCUUAAUGUUUUGACCCUGGGUGCUUACAGAAGGUUUAUAUUUUAUUUAUCUGCCAUAAACAUGAUUUUUGUAGGUUCAUGCUGAACUGGUCUUGAUGAAAACACUCUUGGUCUGGAUUUUCUUCAUUGUUGUCUGUACAGAUUUUUCUCUUUUCAAGUGUCAAUUGUCUCUUUUCACUAUUUCAAGUGUCCUUCAGAAUUUAAUUCUGUAUUUUUUUCUGUCUUCAUGAACACAUCAAUUAUGUAAUGUAAAUAUUAGCAGAUCUCAAAAAUCCACAAAAACAAUGUUACAGCUUGAAAAUUCCAAAUGCAGAAAAUAUAUGGAAGAUUAUUAAAAUGUUUAAGAGUUACAUUUUUAUUAUAUGUAAUUGUUUAUUAUUCUUGGGAUAAUUAUGCAUCUUUGCAAACAAAAAGUAUGAGCCAAUUCUUGGUAUCUGGAGUCGGCAGUUGAUAAAAUAACACCUUGCAAUGCCAGAACUCAAGCAUGCACAGCAUAUCUUUACUAGUCAUUUGUCUGAUACAACUCAUGACUUUAAUGUUGAUCAGUGAGUUGUAGUGAUAUAGUUUUAAGAAAAUAAACAAGCCAUCGAUCCACUAUAAUCAAAGGAGUACAAAAGAAAUCAAUGCUUGUUGCGGUUUUGGUUUUCAAUGUUCUACUAAAAAUAAAAGUACCACAUCUUUGAAUUUCA